GCUAUAGCAACCUCGCCGCCGGCUAGGCCCGCCUUUUGAUUUGCUUUGCUUGCGCAGAGACGGUGGAAGGAGACGGAAACUGGCGAGAGGCGCCGGGUCUCCUGAGGCCGGCCCUACGGGCGAGGAGCCGGCUCCAGGCCGGGAACAUGGGAGUCAGGAUGGACGAAAGCGGCGAGCGCAGGAGGCGGCGGAGCAGCCCAGUAAUAGAAUAUCUAACCAUUCCAAGGUACGGAUUAGCAAGCCCAUUCAAAGGACAUUUAAGUACAAAAAGUAAUGCUUUCUGCAUUGACUCCUCCUCCCGCAGACUCAGUAAUCAGUACCUCAUCAGGGAUCACAUGGCUGUUCAUUAUAAUAAAAUACUUUCAGCCAAAGCUGCUAUAGACUGUUCAUUACCAAAAAGCAGAUUAAACAGUAUAAAAUUUUCAGAUCAGCAACGAAGAGAGAAACUGAAGAAAGAGGUAGAAAAAUGUGAGAAGGAGAUGAUUUCAUCUCAACAGGUAUCCCGAUCAAGUUCCAGGGAAAGUAGAAGACUGUUGUCUGCUACCUAUACAAAACCCACCCCAACACAUUCAUCAGAACCAGAAGACAAGGAACCCUUAAGGGCACCGUGUGAACAGCAGUGUGGGUUAGACUCCCUAUUGAUUCCAGAAAAGCAAAGCGCAAUCCUUCAAAGGAAAGAAAAAAAUAACAAAAGCAUUGCUCCGAAAAUCUCCACCUUAUCCAUCGAAAGCUCAGAUUCCAGCAUUUCAAGCCUACAAAAAAUACAUUCUAGAGUUUCCUGUAGUUCUUCUGACACUACAGCAAGCAAGCAUUCUUCAAAAGCCCAAACUCCUGACUCCAAAGCAUGCAGUGGGGAUCUCCUGGAUAAGCAUUCCCAACAUUUUACCAAUGGUCAGCAGCCAUUCACUCCAAGGACUUUAAAGUCGGAUGCGAAAUCCUUUCUUUCACAGUACAGAUACUACACCCCAGCAAGACGGAAAGUAAGGGAGAAUCUAAGGCAACAUAUGGAAGCAGAAACACAAACUGAAAUAAGCAGUUUUCAAGACGAAUCUGAAGCAGCUGAAAAAGAAAAUUUGCCUAGUUUUCAGAAGAUCACGAAGGAGGUAGAAGAUUCCCGGUUUUCUAAUGAACAGAAGUCUGAUGAAAUGAAAACUGUUUCUCGGUUAUCCUCUCCAAGAGCAAUUUCUCCAUGUUCUGUUGAGUCCCCAACCAUGAGGAAAAUCCAAGCUGAAGAAGAAGAACUGAGGUAUUUAAAUUUUAUUCAGGACAUAACAGAUGAAAUUCUGAAGCUUGGAUUAUUUUCCAACAGGGCUUUGGAAAGGUUGUUUGAACGUCACAUAGAACUAAACAAGAACCAUCUAAAUAAGGGAAUUAUUAACAAAGGCAAUUUUACUGCCACUUUGCUAAAUUAUGCAGCCCAAUAA